UUCUAAAAUCCCAUACCUCAUCCCACCAGCGCCCACGCAAGUAGCAGCCAAAAAAGCAUUCGGCAUUCGCCAUGAUCUGCCAACGGUGUCUCCGGCGAGCCUCAGCGCUCAGCUCACACAUACCUCCUAUUAGAACCACGGCCCCGUUCCUAAUAAGGCCCUUCUCCAGCACGAUUGCGCGCCGCACGUCUUCUCCCGCUCCCGAACCAACACCCUCCUCGUCUACGAGCGAAUCGCCCGUGUUCAGCACGCCGCUAGCCGACGCCGCCACCGAGGAAAAGCCUGCGCUGUCGGCGUGCCCAGAGGGAACCGUGCUGACGGGCCUUAAUUACUUCAAAAACCGGACAGACCCCGUUGCGCUGGCCGACGAUGCCUAUCCAGCCUGGCUGUGGAAGUGUCUAGAGGUGCAAAAGAAGGCGGACGAAGAAGCUGACGAUGAUGCCGGUGAUGAAUUCUCAAAAUCCAAGAAACAGCGACGUCUAGCCGCCAAGCGACAACGAGCCAUGGAAGCCCGCCUCCUAGCCGAGGGCAACCUCGAAGCCCUAGCGCCCAAGAUCCCACUACAGAACCAGAGCAUUAACUUGCCCGCCAACGAGGAGGGCACGACGGAGGGCGCCAUCGCGGCGCAGCAAGCGAGAGAGGAUCUGCGCAAGGCUAUGCGCAAAGAGCGCAGGGCCAAGAUCAAGGAGAGCAAUUACCUCAGGAGCAUGUAAUUUAUAUGGCUUAUGGUGGGUGGUCUGGACUGUAACCUACGAACUUCACUCCGAAGUGCCUUUAUGAUAUAAAAAAAAAAACUUUGGGCGAGGAGGGAGGAAAUAACGGACAAGCGAGUUCAUGCGGAUAGAGGAACUGGACGCUACGUCGCUUUUCUACCCGAGAUGUAUUAUACGCCACUGGACAUGUAUACAAAUCAAAAUAUACCAAAGGACAGACAGUUUAACGUCAUGUAUAUC